ACAAUCGAUGCCCUACAAGUAAACAAAAGCUUUCAUUGAUUGGAAAGUGACCGUUGCUCAAAUGCUAACGAUUUUACAUGGUUGGACCCAACGACUGCAUAAGCCAAUGCUUAGCUUUCAAGACCAAUAAACUUGUUCACCAGAUUCUAGUUGAGCCAAACAAACCUUGUAUCACUGCCUUAAUGUACAAAACCAACCAUGUAACAAACCCUCCACAUCUUCUUGAAGAGAUGGGAAAUUGUGUUCCAGUUCAUAAGACCCAAGACUCUGCUUCAAAUCUCAAAUGUUCAAGCGAUUCCCGGACAGAAUGCAUCCUGAUUGAACGCCCUGUUCGAGAAAACUCCAUUGGUACCGCGAUCUCCCAUGCGAGCAGUUUUCAAGAACCAAGUGGGAAAGAGUUAGAAUCUGAUCGUGAAGAUUUCUUCAGUGUCAAUGGUGAUCUUACCCCAUCUGCAAGCAACACUCCGAUCCAUGAAAUAAAAACUGAUGCGAAUAAGCAGCUGAUUGAAUUGUUCCAUGAGAGCGACAGCGAUGGAUCAGAAGACGAACCUUCCAUUUUCGACCUGCCACAAAAUUCAGCAAAUAAAAGUCUAUCGUAUGAGUCUGUAGCGGACAUAGUUUUCAGAAGUGUGACAAUUCCGAAAACGAAUUUGAAUCCCAGCAGGACAAGAAAAGUUACACAGUUUGCACAAUAUUGCUGUCUGCCUAAACUGGUGCGGAGCCUAAGCUGUAGUGAGAGGAAGAGACGCUACCGAUGCCAAUGAGUUCUGCUUCCAAAGAUUCAAGAAUGUCCAAUUACUAUUUGAAUAGUGGGAAAAUACCUUAUUGUUGUUGUUGUUGUUGUUGGUGGAUGUACAGGCGAAGCUAUAGAGGGACAGGGAGGGGCGGUCGUCCCUCCCCUCGCCAGAAAUAAAGCCUAGGAGAGACGGAAAUCAAGCCUAGAAGCGAGAUUCUGCCCCUCUGCUUACUGCUGCUACUUUGUUGCGGCUCUGUUGCGAGGCUGCGAUGAUUGUGUGAUAGCAUAUUAGUUGUUUAUAUUGAGAUAGAUGUUUUUGCUUUUAUUAAUAAUGAGUCUAUUAAGCGAUGUUUUCAUGACAUAAACUUUCGCCGUUAACAAUUGUAACUUGUUUGUAUUGAUAAAUUAAGAACGACAUUAAUAUUAUCUACUA